CUUGUGAUGCCUGCCUGCCCCCGUGACAAAUCCCUGACGCCUUCAUCCGGGACUCUACCGUCAGAGCACUCUCCAACAUGGCGGCGUCAGCUAAGAAGAAGAAUAAGAAGGGGAAGACCCUGACCCUGAAUGACUUCCUUGCGAAUGAUGGCAGUGGCAGCGUACCCCCCAGUUACCCCAGCACAAAGGCCACCAGCUGGGCAGACGAGACCGAUGACUUGGAUGGUGAUGUCUCAACUUCCUGGCAUACUGUGGAGGAUACGUAUCGAGCUCCUCCCAUCGAUCGCUCCAUCCUGCCAACUGCGCCUCGUGCAGCACGGGAACCAAACAUUGACCGCUCUCGGCUGCCACGCAGUCCACCCUACACCGCCUUCCUUGGUAACCUUCCUUACGACGUCAGCGAGGAAUCCAUCAAAGACUUCUUCAGGGGCCUUGCGAUCAGUGCAGUACGUUUGCCACGGGAGCCUAAUAACCCAGAGAGGCUUAAGGGUUUUGGUUAUGCAGAAUUUGAUGAUGUUGAAUCAUUCUUUCGUGCUCUCAGUCUAAAUGAAGAGAAUCUUGGGAACAGGCGGAUCCGGGUGGAUAUUGCAGAUCAAUCCAAUGACAAAGAGAGGGAUAGUGGGUCAAUGAUGGGGCGAGACAGGGAUAGAGGUCGUGGGAUGGACAGUGGCCCUGAUAAGACAGAUUCUGAUUGGAGGGCACGGCCAAGCGGGGACCUGGAUGAUGGACCACGCAGAGACGACGGAUACGGGGACAGGUCACGUGACCGCUAUGAGUCGGACCGAUUUAGAGACGCUCCAAGACGUGAUGAUCGUUUUGACAGCGGUCGAGAUCGCUUCAGUGGAAGAGAUCGCUUUGACGACCGAGACCGAAGGGAUCGCUACGAUGACAAAGGUAGCAGAGACUAUGAUCGUGGAGGUUAUGACUCACGUGGUGGACGACGAGGAUUCAGCAGUGGCUUCAGGCGAGACUAUGAUGACCGGCGAGAUGGCGAUCGAGAAGAGCGUUCAGACAAGAGGGAUGAUGGACGAGAUGAGAGGGCCCCUCUACAGAGGCCCAAGUUAAACCUGAAGCCACGGAGCAUCCCAAAAGAGGAGGAACAGAGUGUAAGCUUGUCCCCGCAGAGUGAUACGGCUAAUUCCAGCAGGGCUUCCUCUAUAUUUGGGGCAGCCAAACCUGUGGACACGGCUGCCAAGGAAAGACAGGUGGAGGAGAGGCUAAAGAAAGAACAAGAACGACUCCAGAAACAAUUGGAGGAGGACAAGAUAAGGGUCUCUGAGAGACGACCACGAGACCGAGACUUGAGUUGGAGGAAUGAAGAGCCAUCUAAAGAGCGUCGACACACAGGAAGUGAAUCCUCGCAACCUAAAGGAUCUAGGUGUCAAGAUGGUGAACAUUCAGAGAAUGAAGUCUUCAGUGGACAGGAGGAUGAGCCGAUCUCUCCAUCAUGUUCAUCACCCUCUUCCAAUCAGGGAGCGCACCCACUGAAAGUUAUGCCGGCUCCUCCACCUAAAGAAAACGCCUGGGCCAAACGCAGCACAGGGGGUGGUGCUAAUGAGAAGGAAGGACCACCCUCAGCUGCCCCUAGCAACAAAAGCGCUCUUAAACCCAGCAGGUCAGCAGAAGAGAGAGUAUCGGGCAAAGAUGAAAACCGGGUUGAUGGCAUUCGAAAGGAUAAAGUUGUGCCUCAGGGAGGAGGUGGAGGAGGAGUUGGAGUUGGAAGAGGAGGGGGUCGGGGACGAGGAGUUGACUCCCCAAACAAAGAGAAACUGAUAGAACCUGCAGACAGGAAGGAGGUCGGACGGGAACAAGAUCCCAGAAUAGCCUCAGAACCAAAGAAAUAUGAAGAGAGCGCUCCUCCUCAAUUCAGCUCUGCAAGCAAGUAUGCUGCCCUACUAAUGGAUGGAGACCAGGGAGAAGAUGAUGGAGAGGAAUGAACAAUUAGGAAGGAUCAACUAACUACAGAAACAGAGUACAGAAGAUAAAGAGCAAUUGAACGAUCAAAUGAGGGGUUAAAUUAGAGCUCAUGCUGAGGGAGUGGCUUAAGGGAUGAUGGCUAAGGUACCCACAAUGCUGUUCUCUGUCAUGUUUAUGGAAAUGUAUACAGGUAUUCCUAAAACUGGCCCAUUUUAAUUAAAAAUAAAAUAAAACAAAUCAGUGCAGUACGUAGAUAAAUGCAUUCAUGCAUGUAGACAUUUGAAAAUCAUUGUUAAUUUGAAAGUCAUUGUUAUAAUAAAAAAUAUAAGAUACUG